AUUCAUGUAAGGGGCUUUUUUUUAAUUUAUAUGUAGGUGGACUGCCCAAGGGGCGAUAUGACGUAAUUUGCGCGCCUCUCCGACUGCAUUGUCUGUUGUCAGGAAGCGGUAAGAUACUUGGAAGUUGAAUAAAUACCAUUACGGCUUCUAUUUGUCCUGAAUAAAUAUACAUGCACAACAAAUCUGACUGAUGUGUAUGUAGCUGACAUACUAUCUAAGACAUGAGACGAACAAGGAGUUGCCGAGGAAAGAAUGAAGAAAUUACCCAGAAUGGGACCUCAAAUACGUCAGAUGUAUGGCAGUGGGAGGGGGAUGAUGGGCAGUGGGAACCCUUCCCUCCUGCAGUCUGCACCCAACUGGACGCUGCAGUCAAGGCAGGAGAGGCUCGUGUCACCUUAAACCAUGUGCCUGGAGGCCGCUACGUGGCUGAUGUGGUCAACAUGGUCCAAACCAACCAGGUUACAAAGUACCAGAGGAAGAUUCGCUCACAGGCAGUUAAAGCAGAGAGUCUUGAUGGAGGUGAUACAGGCAACGGGAACCUCGUGGGUCAAAGUGUUGGGCAAAUUAAAACGGAGGAAGAGGAGAAGCCUGCAGCCAAAAAGAGACGUGGUGCAGCAAGGAGUCAAAAAUCAAACAAAGAGGUUCUUAAAAAGGAAUGUGAAAAUGAAACGAAAGAAGUAGUAAAGACUUUGGUCAUGAAGGGAAAAGCCCCUGUGGACCCUGAAUGCAAGGCCAAAUUGGGAAAGGCCCAUGUGUACAGCGAGGGAAACAACGUUUAUGAUGUCAUGCUGAACCAGACCAAUCUUCAGUUUAACAACAACAAAUACUUCCUGAUCCAGCUGUUGCAAGAUGAUAAUGCCAAGGCUUACAGCGUGUGGUUGAGAUGGGGCAGGGUUGGUAAAGUUGGACAGAACAAUUUGGUGACAUGUGGUGGUGAUCUUGCUAAAGCUAAAGAUGUCUUCAAGAAAAAAUUUUUGGACAAAACAAAGAAUGAUUGGGAAAACAGAGCAACUUUCGAGAAAGUUCCUGGGAAAUAUGACAUGAUAUUUAUGGACUUCAGUGCCAAGGACAAGGAGGAGGCUGAGGUGAAGACAGAGAGGGAGGAUCCUGCCAAGAAAAAGAUCUCCAAGUUGGACAUCAAAGUGCAGACCCUCCUGGAGCUCAUAUGUGACCUCAAAGCCAUGGAGGAAUGCGUGCUGGAAAUGAAGUUUGAUACCAGAAAGGCGCCUUUGGGUAAGCUCACCUCAGAGCAGAUCAGUGCUGGUUAUGCGUCUCUGAAGAGGAUUGAAGAGUGCUUGAAGAGGAAGGAACGUAACAAAGAACUCCUGGAGGCCUGCAACCAGUUCUACACCCGCAUCCCCCAUGACUUUGGGUUACGCAGUCCUCCAGUCAUCCGCACAGAGGAAGAGCUAAAGGAAAAAAUUGCAUUAUUAGAGGCACUGAGUGAUAUUCAGAUAGCUGUGAAGAUGGUUCAGUCGAGCACCAACAGUGAGGAGCAUCCUCUGGACAUACAGUACCGUUCCCUCGGCUGCCAGAUGCAGCCUCUGCCUGCAGACGGCCAUGAAUUCCAGGUGAUUGAGAAGUAUCUGAGGUCCACUCAUGCUCCCACUCACAGCGACUACACCAUGACUGUGUUGGACAUUUUUGCGGUGGAACGGGAGGGAGAAAACGACAAAUUCCUCUCCCAGCUACAUAACAGGAUGUUGCUGUGGCAUGGUUCUCGCCUCUCCAACUGGGUAGGCAUCCUGAGCCAGGGCCUAAGGGUGGCCCCUCCUGAGGCCCCAGUCACUGGUUACAUGUUUGGCAAGGGCAUUUACUUCGCUGACAUGUCAUCAAAAAGCGGAAACUACUGCUUUGCCAGUCAGAAGCACAACAUUGGAUUCCUCUUGCUUAGUGAGGUUGCCCUGGGAGACACUAACGAGCUGCUGGCUGCUGAUUAUGAUGCAAACAGACUGCCCUCAGGGAAGCACAGCACUAAAGGCCUGGGGCAAACAGCCCCUGACCCAGAGAACUUUGUCACACUGGAUGACAUGACCGUGCCCAUGGGCCCUGGCAUGAAGACUGGCGUGGGCCAGAGCGGAGGUUACAGCCUCCUCUACAACGAGUUCAUCGUAUACAAUCCUGCACAGACACGAAUGAGGUACCUGCUGAAAGUGCAGUUCAACUAUCAAUCGCUGUGGUGACGCAGCUGCAACUACCCUGGAGAGGAGUAAGAAGGAAAAAUGCCUUGAAUAAUGAGCUAAUAACACCAUAAUGAAUGUUAUAUACACUGCUGUUAAGUGCUUAUUAUUAAAAGUCGGGGUUUGUGUAUGGAAAGGUUUUAGAUAAUAAAUAAGCUUGGUUAGCAGUGUAUAUAUUUUAUUACAGUAAUAUGAAAUUAGUUGUUGUUGUUGUUAUAAUAAAAAGAUAUACACAUGUCUUACA